AUGACGGUGGAGGUCCCUAUCACCGUUGCUGUCGAGGUCCCUAUCACCGAUGCUGUCGAGGUCCCUUUCACCGAUGCUGUCGAGGUCCCUAUCACCGAUGCUGUCGAGGUCCCUAUCACCGAUGCUGUCGAGGUCCCUAUCACCGAUGCUGUCGAGGUCCCUAUCACCGAUGCUGUCGAGGUCCCUAUCACCGAUGCUGUCGAGGUCCCUAUCACCGAUGCUGUCGAGGUCCCUAUCACUGAUGCUGUCGAGGUCCCUAUCACUGGUGCUGUCGAUGUCCAGUCACUUACGCCUCUUACAAUCACAUCUGGUAACACUGAAGUUACUGAACCAAGGUGGACCAUUGGCCAUUUGUUAGGUUUUUUAAACCUAACAGAAAUGGAUGGGUUGAAGGGCCAAUACUCCAUAGUGUCCUGGUGGAGGAAGUUCUUGGGGUCAUUUCGUCCCCCAACAUUUCUAUGCAAGGCCGGUCCAGGAUCUAUUAUAAAUUUAAUGACCUCUGAUGCCUACACACAUACAGGAUUGGGACCGCUGAGGGCUGUUGUGCAUUAAUUUUGUAUAUUUGCAGAAAUACAUUAAAAUGUAUUUUUCCUAUUAUCCUCUUUUUGUACUUUUUGACAAAAGAGAAAAAUACCAAAAUGUCAACAAAAUGGUGCUAAAUCUCUAAUUUGAUUUUUGUGAGUUGUUUUCCAAUGUUUUGUCAAGGGUUUGUUAAUCAGGCCCCAGUUUCACCAAAGAACCUGAGGAUUUCCUCAACUUUGUUACUUAUACUUCCAAUAUGCGAGUUAACGUAACUGGUUGUGUGGUCACCACCCUCGUUCUUACUUUGAGAGCAUGGCACUAGCUACCUGAAUUUGACAGAUUUACAUGAUCGGUGUCGUCAGUGGAGCAGAAUAUGCUAAUACCCUUCCAGAACACCUGGUCUUAUUCUCCUUAUGCCUUCUUUGUAAAGGGUCUUCUUUUGUUUGGAAUUUCUUUGUAAAGGGUCUUCUUUUGUUUGAAAUUUCUUUGUAAAGGGUCUUCUUUUGUUUGAAAUUUCUUUGUAAAGGGUCUUCUUUUGUUUGAAAUUUCUUUGUAAAGGGUCUUAUUUAGCUUGAAAUUUGCCCUCAUUUUGUCAAUUUGUGUUCGCAUUACGGCUUGAUUUGUGUCGGUAUUCUCUUUAUUUUUUUUUCAAAUAUUGAUCUGGUAUUGACCUGGUCAAUGUUGGGGAAAAGCAAGAAAUAUGACACCUUUGUUAAUUUAGUUUUUUUGUGAUCAUAUGGUAAACACAAUCUGCAUGACAUGAUUUAUAAUACUUGUUUAUGAUUUAAUAGAUAUUCCAAGCCAGAGGUUGAGAAAACCUAGAAAAUUAUAAACUAUCUAAUCUAAUAGGAAUGGAAUCUCAUAAUAUCUUCUCUGUACAUGUUUGCAGCAAACUUUUGGUAUGAAAAAUGGCUUAUAACACAAGAAAGGUAGUGUUGUGUGUUGUAUAACCAUCUUUCAAAAUACUAAUGAUGGAAUGUGAUGACCAACAUUGAAAGUUUCAGAGCUUGAUAGGUAUGAAUUAUUGUUCCCAGAUGUAACAUGGAACACUAAUCCGGGAAAAAACAUUUUGUACAGAUAUAUUUUAAAACUUUGGUUACAGACAUUUUAAACUAUUAUCCUUAAAUGUAACUGUCAAAAAUAUUGACCAUAACUUGUUCCUGAACAAGAUCUAUGCAAAUAUUUUAAGUGUCAUUUGUGUCCUGUUACAUCUUUGACAUUUUACUGGUGAUAUUUUAACAAGUAUCAGUUAUUGUGACUUUUCAAAUAUGUUUACUGUCUUAAUUUAUAUAAUUUAACUAUGAAUAAAGAAAUGCUUGCAACAUAAUUUAAAUAUUCAGACCAAUAAGAAUGAUAAGAAAGUCUAGUUUGUGUCAUGUUACAUCUGUAUUAGAGGACCACUACAUUCAAUAUUUUGUAGAUUUUAGAGGGGAAACUAUCUCUUCCUUGCCAAAAUCUUACCAAAUACAAUAUAAUCUACAUUCUAAUGCAUUUUUAAAAAGAAAAGGACCAUUUCUAAAAAUGAUAUUUUUGCAUUGACGUGAUGUAACAGAUUUGCAUGACACCGUGGCCCUGCUCAUAUAAGAAUAGAAUGCCAUUUGAUUCUGUCAAUCUGAUGAGUUGUACAUGUAACUGAUUCAGCUAUAAUCCAACCAGUUGAAUAAGUAUCUUUAACAUUAAUUGUGAUUUAUAAUAUACAUUAGAUACAUUUGAUGGGCAGUUAAAUCUUCUCAUAUGUUUUGAAACCCAAAUUAUCAAAUCAUGAUUUGUUGCUCUGUCUGAUCAAAAUGGCAGGGAUAGUCCUUUAAAUCC